AAGUCAUCCGUACAAACCCCCCAAAGUUUUUGGGAUUUGAGUCAUUUUGGGCCAUUUUCCAUUCUCCCGGCGACGAAGAAUUCAUAUUCAGAAGACGAGCAGAAGAACGCAGGGUGAUGGUGGAUGCAGCAACAGAACACAGUGUCUGCACGUUUUGUGAGAGACGGAGAGAAAUUAGUGAAAUAGGGCUCAGUUUUCUACAAGGGGAAUAAAGUCUUGACCCAAUCGAAGUUUUUUGUGGCAGCUCUACGAGAUGUACCAGUUUUACACUUCUAAAAUGGUUUUACCUCUGAUUCUGAUUAUGGGCCUCGCUUAUUUUGGCAACUGUAUGGCAUAUGCUUCUCCUUCCGAGACAACUAUGCAUACCAAUAACUGGGCAGUUCUAGUCUGUACCUCUCGCUACUGGUUCAAUUAUCGGCACAUGGCUAAUACAUUAUCCUUGUAUAGGACUGUAAAAAGGCUAGGAAUACCUGAUGAGAGGAUUAUACUUAUGUUGGCGGAUGACAUAGCCUGUAAUCCUCGAAACAAAUACCCUGCAGAAGUGUUCAACAAUGAAAAUCACAAAAUCAACUUGUAUGGAGAUAAUGUUGAGGUUGAUUACCGAGGUUAUGAGGUGACAGUUGAAAAUUUCUUAAGGGUCUUGACUGGACGUCACGAGGUUGCUGUUCCAAGAUCAAAACGCUUGUUAAGUGACGAAGGAAGCCACAUUCUUCUAUACAUGACAGGACAUGGGGGAGAUGAAUUUUUGAAGUUCCAGGAUUCUGAAGAACUCCAGAGUCAUGAUUUAGCUGAUGCUGUGAAACAAAUGAAAGAAAAACAUAGAUUUAAGGAGCUGCUAAUAAUGGUUGAUACUUGCCAAGCUGCUACUCUCUUCAAUCAGCUUCAUUCCCCAGGUGUUUUAGCCAUUGGAAGUAGUAAGAAAGGAGAGAACUCAUAUUCACAUCACUUGGACCCGGAUGUUGGUGUUUCUGUAGUUGAUCGUUUCACGUAUUACACACUGGCCUUCUUUGAGAGAUUAAAUAUGUAUGAUAAUACUUCAUUAAUCAGUCUUUUCAGUUCAUAUAAUCCAACUUUGUUGAUGUCAACUGCAUAUUAUAGAACCAAUCUAUACCAACGUAGAUUGGAGGAGGUUCCUGUAACAAACUUCUUUGGCUCAGUAAUGGAAACAGUUCAUACCGAUUUGGCUUACAAGAUUGUCCCAAGAAAGGACUCCAACAAGGGAGAGCCUGAAUUACAUCAAGUAUCACAGCACAAUGAAAGAAUAUUGAUUACUGCAGAUAAUCCAGAUCAUUUUAGUAAACCAAACACAAGGGAUGAAGAUGGUGCUUUAAGAAGUGUGUGGAGAAGUUUGCAUAAUAAGAUGGAACAAAUUGAAGAUGCUGAUACUUUAGUGAACUAUGGGUUGGGCAUUAUGCUUCCAUUCUUAGGGAUCUCCAUGUGGCUAUCAAGGUGAAGAACCUGCCUCCUAUUUCUUGUUUGUCACUCCCACUCCGAAUUUCGUAUGUUUGUACGUUCAUCCCGAGUAGAUGUUGCAUCUUGAAUAUGUUCCAAAACUUUUUGUGUUCUGAGCUUUUAUUUAUGGGAAGAGAUCCAUGCUUGCCUAAAAAAAUGCUCUCUAGCAGCAGCUAACUAAAUCUAGGAUUGGGGGAAAGAUCUUCAAAAGAGGAGGGUUGUUACAAAGGAUCCAGUCAAAAAACUCUAUCUACAAGUUAUGAGAUAUUAUCAUUUUUAUGAGCUGAUGAUUUGAAAACAAAUUUGAAACAAGAGCAAUAGAACUGUACUCAAUUUUUCCCCUUAA